AUGUUGGCCAUUACUGUGCGGUUCUCUCAGAAACCUCCCGAGGGAUUCUCCAGCCAGAUCCAGACAAGCAACUACUUUGCCGCGCACACAAGGUCCCUGAUCCUGCCUUCGAUUGAUGAACCGAGCUUGCAGCGGAUACAGGUCCUCCUCAUGCUUACGGGCCAUUCAUGGGGGUCGGGGGAAGGCAGGCGUGCAUGGGUGUACCUCGGAAUGGCCGUGAGGAUGGCCCAGAUCAUGGGCUUAUUCGAAGAUGCGCCAGUCACGUCUCCUGACACCCAAGACUUUAUACACGGAGAGGAACGACGGCGGACCGCUUGGACUUGCUUUCUGAUGGACAGUCUUCUGAGUGGCGGCAAGGGCCGUGAGCGGCUGCUCUCCGCGGACAGCAUGCAGAUACAGCUGCCUUGCGAUACGAGCAACUUCAUCUUCGGCGAGUCUGUCCUCUGUCCCUUCAUCGAGGGUUUCCGAUCCGAUGGCACUGUGAAACUCCCGCGUGGAAAUCUGGGCAUUGUCGCCUACAGCAUGAGGGUUGCUGAUGUUUGGGGUGCCGUUGCGAAAUGGUCUUGCUCUUCGCACCCGAAUAACACGCCUCCCUGGCAAGCAGAGUCGGAGCUCCAGCGCUUGUUAGUACGGCUGAACGCCUGGAGAGACUCACUGCCUCCUCGCCUGCGCUAUGACCUGUCUCUACUGCACGCCCACAGUGUCCAAAACCAGGGACAGGCGUACUGCUAUAUGCAUUGCAUCUAUUUCAUGUCGGUCAUAUUCCUCUAUCGAUCAUAUCUGCCUGAAUUGGAAAUGCACGAGGAAACAGAGCACGAAAACGGCGACAGGAAGCAGUGGACUGAGUUUUCUUGUAGAGAGCUUGCAAAAGUUGCCGACCAGGUGUGCGAAAUGCUCCAGGACAUCCGCGGGUUUGGCUUCUUUUUCCUACGCGGCUUGGUUCCCUGGAUAGGGUUUACCAUCUACACAGCGAUUGGAACGUUGCUGUAUUUCUGGCAUUUCCCUCAUGUAAGCGAGGGUGAUCCGCAGAUUGAAAGCUGGAGGCAGCGCAUCAUUGAUGGGUGUGUCUUCCUCAAGGACAUGAGACAGGCCUGGCCAAUGGCUGAUACAUGGCGAGAAACCAUCAAGGCGAUGCAUAUAUUCUAUAGCAAUGUCAAGGCCAAAGGUAAUCAGGCCAUGAGUCCGAGUGCUCGUCGGGAGAUGCGAAACGCCAUCAUCGACUACGGUGCGCUGCAACCAUCUCCAGUUCAACCAGCCGAUAGUGGCAGCGAAGAAGAUGCCAUGAUGAACUCUAAUGAGCUAGCUGCCAGUGAGAUCAGCCCAAACGAGUCGGAGCUCAUAUCACACGAAUUCGGCGUGGUACCGCCUGCUGACUAUGAUCUUUUCGACACGCAUUUCGACAUUGACUCGGCGAUGCAAGCGUCAUUUGCCGACGCAACCCAGGGCUUUUGGGAAGGAUUUCCGGGAAACGUUGAGGUAUCAGGAUGGUGA